CAGACUGGCAAAAGCCAUCCCGGGUGUGAUGUGAGUAACAAAGGGAGAACCAGCCCGAGGAGCCGCGGGCAGAUUGGGGGCGGCCUCUCCGCAACCGCCCAGGGCCCGCGGCUGCUCCCGCCCCUGGCCCUCACGGCGUCCCGGCGGCAGCAGCACGGCGGGCGCCGCCGCAAGGGAGGGACGGGCGGACGGACGGGCGGACGGACGGACGGGCGGCCCGGGCCGCAGCAGGCGCGGUUCGAACCCGGUCCCGCCGCCGCAGGGGCCGCCGGGAGCGCGCGGAGCUACGGCGGCCGAGCGGGGGGCCGGGCCGGGCCGGGCGGAGCCGCCGCCGCCGCCGCCGCCAUGGGCUGGGAGGAGAGGCAGGUCCGCGGGUACCCCGAGUUCGUGCGGACGGCGCAGAGCUACCACGGCCGGCCCAUCUUCGCGCUCUUCUGCGGCGAUAAGGACGCCGAGGGCAGGAGCUGGUGUCCUGACUGCGUGACGGCUGAGCCAAUUGUGAGGAAGGAACUUCAUAACCUGCCUGAUGAGUCAGUUUUCAUCUACUGUCUAGUAGGAGAUAGAGCCUACUGGAAGGAUCCCAACAAUGAAUUCAGGAGGAAUCUGAAACUAACAGGAGUGCCUACACUGCUUAAAUAUGGAACACCUCAGAAGCUGGUUGAAGAAGAAUGUUUUAAAUCAGAGCUUGUGCGUAUGUUGUUUACUGAAGACUAAAGCUCUCACUAGUCAAUCACCGAUGAAGAUGGUAGUCUCAAUUACUGCACUGUCCUUUCAAGCAAUCACUGACCUUUGUUAAAACUUUAAUGAUUAAUUACUUUGGACUAGUCAAGAUAAAUGUCCUGAAAUUCUGGGUCCAAACCUUACACUAAAAUCUUACAAGAAAAACUGUAUCUUUCCUUUCAUGCCAAAUAAACUUGAGUUUGUGAACAACC